AAUUUUACACUGUCUUCAGUUUCUCUAAACGCCUAAACUAAACGAGUAAUACAUAUAUAAAUCUUUGAUCAUUUGCACAAGCCUUCUACAUACCUACAAUUCAGAGACUCUUAAAGCGAUAGCUGUUGUUAGCUGAGCUGAAAUAUCGGUUAUACAUAUUGCUAAAUUUAUGGAACGCAUCACAACAAUAUUGAAUAUUUAAACAGAAAACUACAUAUGUAUUAUAAACAAGUAAUAAAAUGUUUUUAAACCUGACACCUACUCACGUAUAAUUAAUCGAAAUUAUACGAACAAGAAAAUAACCAACGUAUAAAAGAUUUUAACAAAUUCUUUACUUACUGUCGCCAUUAUUAAUAAAACACAAGACUUAACUAGAAACGUAUUAAAAAUUUUUAAACGUUCGAAUUUUUAAUCCGUGAGAAUUUAUAAUUUCAUGUGUAAUAGAUUGUCACUGGUUUGGCUCUAUCCUGUGUUCUCCAUACGCGUUAAGUGAGUCACAAGGAUACGUGUAUAUUAUGUCAAACACAAAACAAAUACGAUUUCUUUAAAGAUAUCACCGUGCAGACGUAGAAUGAUAAUCUUUUCUUCAGAUACUCUGCGAAAAAGUGUGAAGCAAGUGGGGGCGGAAGUAGUUAGUCGGUAAUUUGUGUAUGUACACUGUUUGCUGCACUUUGUGACAUGACAUAGGACACGAAUAGUCCGUGAAAUUAGAAAAAAAGGCAUAAAAUCGAAGCGCAUCCCGACGGAAUGAUGUUCGAAUUGUCAAUAGAUACGCAUUCUUUUGGAUAAUGAGUAUGUGUGACAUAUUACGUAGCAAUUUUCUUACUUUCGCGACAUAUCUUGGAUUGACAAGCACAACAUAAAUAUUGCUCGAGGACAAGGAUAUUUUUCAGUUAUUUCGUUACCGAUUAACAAACCGUUUUGAGAUUCGUAUUGAAAUGCAAAUAUUUUGUGAACGUUGUGUCGUAACUGUUUAAUAGAAAUCGAUAUCGUUUCUAAUCACCUUGAGUCUUGAAAUUACACGAGGAAGAAUAUUGUAAGAAUAAUGAAAAAAAGAACAAAAUUCAGCAAAUAUUGUGAAGCUAUUCCAUAAUGAACAAAUUCAAAUGUGCAGUGGCAUAUAAUUUUGUGGGUGUGACAUAUCCAGUUUUCUUGAUUUGUCUAUGUCACUUGUUACAUGGCGUACACAGUUGCAAACUGUUUACAAAAAACCAAUAAGCACAGCUUUUAUCUGCAACUGUUGGUGAAAUUUUGAUUGAUAAUUAGGGGAUGCCCAGCCUACAUUCGCUCGUCGUUCGACGAGCUCCACUAAUGGAUAUGGGUACUGCUACCAGCUCUGUGACAACUGUAAACCCUUCUACCAAAAUUGCUACCAAUCAGAAGAAGGUUGAAAAGUCCAAUAAACUAACUGGAGUCAGGUUACCUUUAUUACGCAAAGAAGCAAGCGUUGUCAAUCUUUCCCUGACAGAAAGGACAACAUUGGGAAAGGGAGUAGAUGCACCAUUACUUAGACCUGAGAGUAGCGCAAGUUUGGAAGCUCGUGGUAGCAGCUGGUUGAGCUUAGGUCCAGGUGUAUUGAGAAAAUGCGAAACUGCAGUAGGUUUGAGCACUUCUGCUUUGGAGGGCAGACCUAUAAAUCGCAGUCGAGUAUGUUCUCGCUGCUCCAGCUUGUUGUCGCUGGCUUCCAGUUCACGUUACAGUUUGGCUGCAGGCAAUUUCGUUCCUGCAGGCUCUCAACAAGUGCUAGGACGUCUUUUUUGUAAAUUAUGUCUUGUUGAAACUUCUCUUUCUAAAACAUUUAAAAUAGAAGGCUGUGGUUGUUCCUAUUGUAAAGAUUGUAUGAAAGCAUAUGUUGAGUUUGAAAUUGAAGAGGGUGCAUACGAAAUUAGUUGUCCUGAUGCACAGUGCGAACAUGGAGCAAUACUUUCUGUAAAAGAAAUAGCAAGUCUUGUUAGUGCUGAACUUAUGGAAAAACAUCAUAAGUUCCGAUUGAAUAGAGAUGUGUCUAUGGAUAAAGCACGUGCCUGGUGUCCACGUGCUGGUUGUGAAACAAUAUGUCCGAUAAAUGCUCCUGGUUCAAAUGGAACUGUUAUUGGACCUGUUCAUUGUCCUAAUUGCUCUAUAGACUUUUGUUCUAUAUGUAGAGAGUCUUGGCACAGUGGUCCUUGUUCUGAUCUUUCAUUAGGUAUACCAUUUGAUGGUGACCAUAUCAAAUGCUGUCCCAUGUGUUCUGUACCUAUUGAAAAGGAUGAAGGAUGUGCUCAAAUGAUGUGCAAGAGGUGUAAACAUGUUUUUUGCUGGUAUUGUUUAGCUUCUUUAGAUGAUGACUUUUUAUUGCGACAUUACGACAAAGGACCAUGUAAAAAUAAAUUGGGUCAUUCGCGUGCGUCGGUCAUUUGGCACAGAACACAAGUCAUUGGAAUUUUUGCUGGAUUUGGGUUACUCUUGCUUGUUGCAUCGCCGUUACUUUUAUUGGCUGCGCCUUGUAUUGUCUGUUGUAAAUGUCGUGUUUGUGGUUCUUCUAGACUUGAACAGGAGGAAGGUGAUACUGCAACAUAGGGACUCUAAAAGUUUUUCAAUAUCUCCUGUUGUUUCUCUUCAGUAUGAUAAACAAUUAAAUUAUAUUACUCAAAAUGUGGAUGUGAUCGGCGACUUAUAUAGAUAUACAUUGAAUCGAAAAAUUCUAUAAUAUAUAUCUUAAUGUCGAAUACGGUUUUACUUUUGUGAGAGGGGUUUACAUUCUUUUUUUGUACUAUCUAUGGAUGUUACGUUUUUUUUUAUCAAAGGGUACUUCGACUGUGUUGACUUUGAGUUUACAGAAAUAUUUUCACGUAGGUGUAUAUAUUUAUAGUGUGAUUAUUGUUAAGUAAGAAACUUACAAAGUUUACUGAAAGCUACUUAAUACUUCAUUGUUUCUCAAUAGUUGUUGAGGUAGAUUUUUUGAAAGGCAAUGAUGAUCUUUUAGUUAUAUCAGGCAUUACUAACAUUUUUAUAUUUAAACAUGUCCAAUUAACUGAAUCGUAAAUGUUCAUGAAUUUUGCGUACGACAUUCCAGAGAAUUAUAUUUACACUAAACGUACUGCCACAUCCAAAAA